AUGUUGAUCAAUGUCACGACAAGUUCUCGAGUGCGUUGCAUGGCAAGACUGAAACCUGGAGUGAUCCUCGACAGAGGAACGGGAAGAACUUGUGUGAAGACGUUGAACAAUAGUCGGCACCGUGGAUAGCUGCCAGAAUGAAUGGAAUUCACAGAUUCCUAACCAGAAGGGAGCGACGGAGCAGGCGCGAUAAAGAAGAGGCCUCGACAAUUCUUUCACGCCCCCUAUAUCGUGGUCUAUUUGCGUCGGAGAAUUCUGCAUGCCAAGAACAGGAGGAAGAACAGAAGGUCAAGCUCCUGGAACAGCGGAUUGCUCUUGUCGGAAUUACGGGACUCAAAAGCGAACACAUUCAAUAUGCCCUCCGGUCAAAGUCAGCACAAGGAGACGUGGACAAGGCGUUCGACUUGCUCCUGCUGCUGGAGGACUCGAUCGAAGGAAUCAUACGCGAUUACACACCGAGAAUGAAGCUCCUCGGAGCUGAGAACCGCCAGGGAGUUACAUGUUACUUGGAUGCACUCCUCUUCGCCAUGUUCGCCCGUCUAGACUGUUUCGAAGCCAUCCUCUACAAAGUGUUUAGCGAUGAACCGCGUCGGAAGCUGGUGAUCAUAUUGAGGCUAUGGGUGAAUAUGCUGAGGUCAGGAAAACUGAUAACCACUGACGUUACUAAGCACCUGCAAGAUGCGCUUGCCGCUUGUGGAUGGGAGGAUGCGGCCCGAUUACGGCAGCAGGAUGCUUCAGAGGCCUUCACAUUCAUCACGGAAAAGCUGGAACUCCCUCUUCUCACAUUGAAGAUGGAUAUUUAUCAUACCGGUAAGGAAGAUGUCAGCGACGACCACAAAUUUAUCAAUGAGCGACUACUAGAGGUAGCCAUACCACCUGAAGCCGGGGACGGACAUUCUGUCACUCUGGAGGAUUGCCUGGAAGCAUAUUUCAACAACCGGAUAGAGGUGAAGAGACAUAUGGAACGACGAAAUACCCUUAGGUCCGUGCGGUCAUCAGAUUCUAUUUCGAAAGGUUUAACCACCCACGUCGAAACAGUGGAAAUGGGGUCUUCCUCAAGUCAAUCCCCGGUUCAACCAGCGUCUCCGCAAGCAGAUGAGAUGACUCCUUUGUCGUCAGUAGUUGAGCUCACGCGUUCUCGGACUGCCACCUCUGACACGAUCACUCGCCGACCGAGUAUCGUACAAGAACGCUUUAUACCAGAAUCAGAUGAGCAGGAUGGCGACGGUAAAGAAAGCCUGAAUGGCAAUCGUCAACUACGAGGGAGACGGGGGACCGUUCGAAAGGAAGUCAUGAUGCCCGCUUGGCAAUUCUUCAGCCUGAUCCCAUGGUACACAGACAAUACACCAACGAACGACGCUCAGGUCGCAGCACACUUUUCUUCGAAACGACCGAUCCUUGGCAUGUGUCUGAAGCGUUAUUCGAUGUUACCCAAUGGAAAGGCUGUUCGACUGAACACAUAUAUUGACAUUCCGAUUGAGAUCGGUCUUCCUCAUUUUAUCCAAGAUGACAACUUGGAGGCUGAAGGCCCAAUAUACGGAAAUUUCAAACUGUCGCUGCAGGCAGUCGUGUGCCAUCGCGGGACGUCGGUCGAUUCGGGCCAUUAUAUAGCCCUCGUAAGAGGGACCAGCGCAAAUGCAGUUCCCCAGAGUGCCAAUGGCUCGGAUCCACCAUCUUACACUCACGACGACGAGGCAAACUACUGGAUGCGGUUCGAUGACCUGGCUGCUGAGCGCAUCACUCUCGUCGACAUUGAAAAGGCAUUGAAAGACGAAUCUCCGUAUCUUCUAUUCUACCAGAUCCUCCCUAUCGAUGAAGACCCUGCGGAAGCAAACCUUCGGGACAAGCCGCCUUCUUACAGUGAAUCGGAGGGUGGCCUGGACAUGAGCGCAGAAAAGAGCUCUUUUUCACUUCGUGUGUCGUCAGUGAGCACGACUAGCGAGCAUGACGAGUAUGCCGUGUCGACUACUGAGAGACGGAGUACCGAAAUGAGCCCCCCUGAUAGACCGCGUACACAGUCUUCCGAACAAGGAGGCGCCACACAUAGCGUGACAUUCUCCGAGCCUUCGGGUAACAGCGACUCGGGACAUCUCCCAGUGGUCACCGUCUCUGGGACGCCGGCUGAGUCCAAAGGCAGCGACAAUCGAGGAUCCUUUUCAUUCUCGAGGAGAAGCUCUAGAGCACGCAAGAGCCAGUCACAGAGCCGUGCAGGAAGCCAAGCUGGUGAGAACCGGAUCAGCGCUACUUUCUCACGGCUUGCGGGACGAUUGAGCAGGGAGAAGCUGCCUGGUGACGGCAACGAGACUGAUGGAGAAGGCGACGCAAAAUUCGAAGCAGCCAUUGAAGAAACGGACGGAGAGCCUGUACCGAGUGAAAGUCCAAAUAAGGAUAGGGGCUCAUGGGGCCGCUUAAAGGACCGAGACAAGGCCAAGGGACGGCAGAAGGACAAAGAUAGGGGUGAAAAGAACCCGGAGCGUGAGUGUAUCGUGAUGUGAAGAAGUUGAGAAAUGGCUGCUUGGAAGAGACAGGCAGGUGGGAUUCUUUUUUUGGUG